AACACAACCUUGGUGGUUUAAGAUCAUCGUCAUCUCCACCCAUAAAUCUUCGUCAAAGCCCAGUACCCUUGUAAGGCUAAACCCACCUCAUUUCUUUUCUUCUUCUUCAUUCUUAGGACCGCGGCAGACCCACGGAAGUCGGCACAGUCGACAAUCGAUAGGCGGUAGCACAAAUCAACCUCGCGGUCCUCACCAGUCACCUCAGGUAGUCUUCCCUGAUCUCCAUCCAGUGUUCCAGCCGUCGUGCAGUCCAGUUCAGCCUUCAAGGUUUUUAUCAUAAAAGCUGUUCCUUACAAAAUAAACUCUAUUUGUUGGAGGCCUUUCUCUCAACAAUCAGAGUUAGGCUGGAGACCUAAGUAGGCGAUGUACAGAAGGAGAUCUGCGCUUCUCCCUUUCAACUCUCUAAGAGCUUUGUAUAAGGUACAAAGUCAUCGCAAUCCUUUCAGAACCGUUAUUUUUAGUAAGAGCCACAGUACUGCUGCAGAAAGAUUGGACUUUUAUGCCACUAAUGGCACUGAAGACUCCCUUAGAUAUCAGCAAAGCCCAGGUGGGUUUAUAAGCAAUGACCAAAAAGAUGUGGAAUUUCCACAAAAAUCUGACGGGAUUAGUCAAAAUUGGAAUCCUGUGCAAAAUUCAAAUAGAUUCCAACAGAAUCAGCCAUCACAUAUUAGUGCCAUUAAUGGUUGGGGCAAUUCUGUACAAACAGGACAAAGCGCAUAUAAUCGCUUAGGAAGCACUAAUGAUUCUCAAAGAAACACGAGUAACCAUUAUGUGGACAAUAAUUAUACAACUCAACAAAGGUUUGCAAGCCAACCAGAAGGAAACUCAUCUCAUCAGAAUUUCUAUUACUCCAACAGCGUAGACAAAGGUGUGCCUCAGGUAACUUCUAAUAAUCAUUUUGGAACUCCCACGAUGUCUCAGCACGAUCAUCAUUCAUUAAAAACUUUGAGUAUGCCUCAGCAAGCUUCGACAUUCAAUAACAAUUCUAAUACUAACGGUUAUACAUUGGAAAAUGAUAAUAUGGCGAUGGCUAGGCAAGAUUCACAUGAGAAUGAAAUUAAUGGAACCAUUGAAGAGCUCGAUCAUUUUUGCAAGGAGGGGAAGCUAAAGGAAGCCAUUGAAGUCUUGGAAUUAUUAAAGAAACAGAACAUCCAGGUGGACUUGCCAAGAUAUUUCAUGUUGAUGGAAGAGUGUGGGAGGUUUGAAGCAUUGGAAGAGUCUAAAUACAUUCAUGAACAUAUUAUGCAAUCGAUAUCAGAUCCUGAACUCGGCACCUAUAAUAAAAUUCUAGAGAUGUAUGGAAAAUGCAGUUCCAUGGAUGAUGCAUAUUCACUGUUCAAAGAAAUGCCACACCGCAAUUUGACUUCCUGGGACACCAUGAUAACAUGGUUUGCAAGAAAUGGACAUGGGGAGGAAGCAAUUGAAUUGUUCAGCCAGUUCAAAAAUUCUGGACUAAAACCAGAUGGUCAAAUGUUUAUGGGUGUCUUCUCUGCUUGUGCUGUAACUGGGGACAUGACUGAGGGAUUACUCCACUUUCAAUCAAUUACAAAAGAUUACGGAAUCAUUCCAUCCUUAGAGCAUUAUAAAAGUGUGGUAAGCAUGCUCGGAAGUGCAGGAUAUCUUGACGAGGCAUUGGAGUUCAUCGAGAAAAUGCCUAUAGAACCGAGCAUUGAAGUUUGGGAAACCUUAAUGACCUGUUCACGAGUUUAUGGAAAUGUUGAGCUGGGGGAUCGUUGUAUGGAGCUUGUCCAGCUUAUGAACUCUUCUUUUCUGAAUGAACAAGCAAAAUCAGGCCUCAUACCAGCUAAAGCAUUGGAUAUUGUUAAGGAGAAAGAGAAGAAGAAAUUAGCAGCAGAAAAAGUACUUUCUUACAGGAGUGGUUGUAAGGAGUAUAGAGCUGGAGAUAAAUCAGAUCCUGAGCAUGAAAAACUAUAUGCACAGCUUAGAGGAUUGAGGGAACAAAUGAAAGACUUGGGUUAUGUGGCUGAAACUAGAUUUGUUCUUCAUGACGUGGAUCAAGAAAGUAAAGAGGACGCACUUCUUGCUCACAGCGAGAGACUUGCUAUUUCUCAUGGUUUAUUGAGUAGCCCUGUUCGUCAGCAGAUUCGUAUAAUUAAGAAUCUCAGGGUCUGUGGGGACUGCCAUAAUGCACUUAAAAUUAUUUCGAAGAUUGUUGGUAGAAAAUUCAUUAUUAGAGAUGCAAAGAGAUUUCAUCAUUUCGAAGAUGGGUUAUGUUCUUGUCGAGAUUACUGGUGAAACGCCUAAAUAUUGCAGCCUUUACAGUCGUAGGUUAAGAGAUGUUGCUGCUAAUGGUGCUGCAUCCAAGGGAAAUGCAUUGCCAAGUUGUUUUCGUAUCAAUUGGCUUGUUGGAUCCCUGUAAAGUUAUGACUCGAUCUUGCAAACCCGAUCUUCCAAAUUGAUAAUUGUUCGUGGAAACCUACUCUUCAAGCAAUAUCAAAACACAUUACAAUUUUUGGGUGAUGAUGGCUUUGACCCAUCUCUAUUAGGGUGCUUUCUAUCCCUUGUGGUCCUAGUGUUCAAAAAGGAUUCAAUUUUGCAAUUUAAAAAACUGUUUCUUUUAACUGUGUUUUAGGUUUGAAAUUGUGUUUAUUAUGCAAAUUAGAGCUUUAAUUACAAUGUUGCAUAAUGAUGAU